CCGACCGCUGGCGAGGCCGUCGGCACGUGGUCGCCUCUGCGAGGACGCGCGCGGCUUUCGUAGCUGACGUCACAGCAGGUGUUUUCCACCGACGUCACGUCACUAACUGUGUUGCUUCACGCCUGACGUGUGGCGAGCGGAUGCAGGCAGGCGGUAGAACUCCGAAAUGACGCUGUCGAGCGGACAGGGCGGUUUGCUGACGGGUUCUGACUGGUAGAGAAGGAGUCCCUCCUCCGCUUGGUCUGCUUCUGACAUGUGGCCUCGUGACGCCCUUCUGGUGGUUGGGCUGCUCGGGAGCGUCACACCUGCUCCAGGUGGUCGGUGGCCCAGGCACCAGGAGAGGUGUGGUGCCCCACUCCUCGUCGCUGCUUUCGUCAAUGACACCUCCCACCUGGAGAGCGGGGAGUUGUCGCGCUUGGCCGCGGUGGUGCGCUGCUGUCGGCUCGCACCCCCCACCAUCCGCCACCAGCAGGGUGCGACGCUGGGCGGCGCCGACCUCUCCGCCUCAACCGCCGCCGCCGCCGUGUGGAGGCACUGCGACCCGCGCAGGCCCGCCAACCUCACAGACGCGUCGCCGCCGACCAUAGUGGUGCGAGCGUUGGCAGAGGCGGCGUCGCUGCAGCCGUGGGGCGGCGUCUCCGUGCGGCCCGGCGCCGGGCUGCGCCUCGACUGCGUCUUCCCACGAGACCGGGGGCGGCCCGGCUGGACGUGGACCUCCAGCCCGAGGCAGUACCUCACAGGAUGGGCGGUGACGGCGUCGGAGCGCUCCUGGAAGUACCGGCUGGCGCUGCACCGCAGCGAGCCCUCAGACACGGGCCUCUACACCUGCUCCACGCCGCGCGGACUCACCAGCAGCGUCGCCGUCGCCGUCACAGGAGAGCCGCUGUCCCCGCACGAGACGUACCUGGGCGGCAGCUACGAGGACGGUGACCUGCGGCAGAGAGCGGGGGCGGGGGCGACCCUGAGGGCGCGCUCCCGGCGGAGGCGAGGCCACCCCCGGGGCCGGCGGAGGCGGCGACCCUGGCUCCACGACGCACCACCUGCCGCCCACUGGCGCGACUGAGCCGACGGGCAGGGGCGGCUCUCGCUGGCGGAGCCGAAGACGGACAGAGUGGCCAUGUGCACCCCUGUGUUAACACACCGUGCUGAGUACACUGAGAACAAGGCGGUACUGUGUGGUUGGCGUUAAUACGUGAAGGUAACCAGUAAGAACCCAGACGUUAUAAAAAACUACUAACAUCGGCAUGUUGACGGUAAGUCCCGGAGACUACGUGAAAAAGAUUACUCCACAACACAUUUCACAAGCAAUCACUACAGACAUUAACGCAAUUGAGAUGUAAAUUCUUCUCUUGGUGUCGGAAGAAUCCAACGGUGAACCGGCUCCAUUUGGACAAGGUGCAGAACGUAAAACUGCUAUUACUGCGUUGCACUCACCGCUUACUGGCGAGUUUGGAGUUUCAUUUGACGUACUCCUCUAAGCACGUACAUCUGCAAAAACAAAAAUGAAGUAGCAUUUUCGAGUGAUAUAACAUUUGUCUUCACUUGUGAAUACGUUAACGUAAGGUGUGUCUUACCCUAGUUCAGAGAAAGUUUUAUUUUUCACUCUUUCUGUUUCUUUAAACACGUAAACCUUGUUCAGAGAUUUAUGGUUUAUAACUUAUUCGUGUAGCACCAGUCGAGGUAUCGCGUUCUUCGUAUGGUAUUAAAGAUUACAAAAAGUGUACUAUCUAUACAAGUUAAAUUCUUUCGUUAUAUAGCUUCAAUAUGUUAAAGGAUUCGGUCUCGCCAUUAGGGGAGUCACACAUUGUUACUGUCUCCUACUCGCCGUAACACCCCCUGCCCCUCUAAUCGCGCCACAAAUACCUUCAAUUUUAGUAACGCCAGUAAUAAAACAGUCAAAAUUUCGUAAUAUGCUGGUUGUUUAUAAAAUCAUUUUACAAACUUUUGGGCAGGUUCCUUACAUCAAGAGAAGAAAGUAUCAGAGCUAUGAGCGUUUGUUCACCUUUCCUACAGUGAGACUCAUGUCUUCUGCUGAAGUGCUCAUAGUUUCUGAGGUAUGCAUUUUGAAGCUCAUGUUGACUUGACACUAUCUUCUUCUUUUUAGCCCACACUACCUCCUCCCAAAACAUGUAAAGCAAUGAACUGCACUAGAAGAAAUGUGUUUCACAACAUUGAAGAUGAACAAGCGCUCAAUUUAUUUUUUUUAAUGAACACACCACCGUCAUAAAUUAUGACCAAUUUUGAGAUUGAUGCCUGAAAAUGGCAUGAAGGCUGAAUGAAACCUGAGUCGUAAUGAAAUUAACAACAAUACAAUCAAAAUAUGAUUGUUAAUUUAAAAAUUAUUGUAUGGCUGUUUCUCAGCAACAUCAAAAUCUAUUUAAGCGCUCAGUAUUUCUUAAGGUGUGCAUUUGAGAGCUCAUAUUUACUAGACACUAUUUUUCUGGUUUUGGUGUAAGGAACCAGCUUCGAAGAUUGUAAAAGAAUUUUGGAAACACCCUGUUUAUAACGGGUCAGGUAUUUAAAAUUGUUUUUGGAAAUAUAUGGAAAACAACAAAGUGUAUUAAAAAGAGGUUGCGAUAAAAGCUUUCGUUUUGAAGGAGGACAUCCAAUGACACUAAACUCGAACUUCCUGCUCCACCCGCAGAUGCUAGGGAGCAACUUAAAAUCUUAAACAGGAUCUCACUAUUUUAUUGCGGAUUCGUAUUUUCCGGCGAAAGAACCCUGACUUUCUUCUUUAACAUUUUAUCAUUGCGUGGUAGAUGGGCCUGUAGUAGACAAAAAUUAAAACGGGAUGAAAACCGUUGAGGAAUGAUGAUGUCUCCAGAAAUAUACAUCAUAUUAGGAUAGCAGGAACUUAGAGAGACUGUUGUUCUAAAAUAUUUAAUGAGAAACAUGUUUUUGCAGCAAAGAACUUGAUUCUACAUAUCAUAAUACAUUACUUUCUCCGCAUUGUUACUUUGUUUUUCAGAUGAUACUCACCUUAAUCAGUAGGAAUCCUCCACUGAAAAGCCGAUUCAACUGACCACGAUUCAUCACAGAAAAAUAUCUACGAAAUCAAAUCGUCAGAGAGUACUAGAAUUUGUUCCAUCCAAUUUCAAAAAUUCAAAUAGUUUUUACAGUCACAUCCAUGUACGAGUAGUUAUCAGUGCUACGAUAAGUGAUUUGGAUGGAAUUUGUGUUCGCGAAAUUCCUGAAAUUUAUUUGAUAUGCCGAGAGCUAAUGUAGUUAUUGCUGUAAAUCUGGAUUCCUGUUAAAGAUUUUAGAAUAACUGCCUUUCUAUGCUCAUGAGAUCCUAACCUCAGGAUACCGAGAGAGUUGUUAGCACACUGGACUCGCAUUCGGGAGGACGACGGUUCAAUCCCACGUCCGGUCAUCCUGGGUUAGGUUAUCCGUAAUUUUCCUAAAUCGCAAAUGCCGGAAUGGUUCCUUUGACAGGGCACGGCCGAAUUCCUUCCCCAUCUUUUCCGAAUCCGAUGGUACCGAUGACCUCGUAGUUUCAUCUCCUCCUCCAAAUCAGCCCAACCAUCCUAAUCUGAUGUGUAUAUCUUGAGAUGAUAGCAUUUUUCGACGGUCUUAGCAUAUUUUAAUUUUUUUCGAUUAGAGCGCUCUAUAUCUUGCUGUGAUAAAAAUGUUAAGCUAAAAAGUUAUGAAUUUUUCCCGGGAAAUCCAAAUCCGAAGUAAACAACUGCGAUUGUUUUUUCAGAUUUCGAAAUGGACAUUCCUCCCGCCACUGGGUGGGGCAGGGAGACAAGCUUUUUGUCGUUGGAUGUCUCCCUUCAAGACGAACAACCUUUAUUACAACUGUUUUUCAAUUGGAUUCGUAUUUUUCCAGAUAUUUCCAAAAGCAAUUUCAAAUGCCUCACCCUGUAUAAGGGUGUUGAAGUGUAGAUUGUGCUGAGGAAUAACUGAUAAAGAAAAAUCGAUACGCUGCCCCAUUUCUGAGCUACGUGGUAUUCAGUUUAGCCAAUCAGGCCGUUUCGCCCGCAAAUUCAACAGCCCGCGUGAGACGAUGUCGCCAGAAGUGUUCUUCGUUUGAUUUCCUAAAACCAAAAAAGAGAACGAUACAGAAAUUUGACAUGGGACGGUAGUAAGGAUCGAACACGUAACAAAGGCUGAGCUGUCUGGUCCGCUAUCGCCUACUCUGUGGAAACAAAAAAAAAUUGUUCAAAUGGCUCUGAGCACUAUGGGACUUAACAUCUGAGGUCAUCAGUCCCCUAGAACUUAGAACUACCUAAACCUAACUAACCUAAGGACCUCACACACAUCCAUGCCCGAGGCAGGAUUCGAACCUACGACCGUAGCAGUCGUGCAGUUCCGGGCUGAAGCGCCUAGAAGCGCUCGGCCACCGCGGCCGGCUCUGUGGGGAAGACUGACACUAAUUGUAUCUCUAGGGCCACUUGGGUUUGCACUGCGCAGCGGCCUGAUCGGCUAACUCCUAUGUAAUUAACUUGGAAACGGUGCGCCGUACCGAAAUUUUUCUUAACAACUGUCUGAAAACCUCUGCAGUUUUUUUUUGACCGUCCUGUACAUUUACAUCAGCAACAUGCGGACCCAGUACAUCACUUUAGCAUCAUAUCCAAAAAAAUUCAAGUUCCGAGCAACACAACACUUCAAAAGCGUUCUUCCGAAAUUUUGAGAAGAACGGGUGUCACGUAAGUAAUUUAACAACUGUAAUAGUAACGAACUCUCGCCGCUUUGACACUCUCAUGAUUUACUCAAUGUAAAAUUUGUUUUCAGUACUUCACUUAGCACUACAGCUGGACUAUGAUUAUAUGAGUAUAUAAAUGAAGGGAAUAGAGUUUAUUUCAAUAAUUUUUUUCCCAGGUUUGGAAAGUCAGUCUUUGAGUUAUAUUUCUUUCUUAGCGGAGAGUGUUUUUCUUGCUAUUAUACGUCAUUCAAUAUUCUGUCGUUUGUACGUUUUAUUCGUGGACUUGGCAAAGAUGUCGGGUUUUUUGGUGCUAGUAGGUACGGUCACCAUAGCUAUAUGCGCCCUUACCUGACUGGAAUUUUACGGGCAAAGUCGUAAGAAAAUACGCGUGGGAAGACCCUCGCAUAAACAACUGAAAAGCUACCUACAUUAAAUGUAAUAAGGGAUAUAAAAAUAGUGUUGAACACUAUUAUGGCAGGCCAAGUAUUAUUGAAUGGAUCACCAAGUCUCCGUGAACAAAGGCGUAAACGUUCUACCAAACGUCCAGUUAUAGGACAACAGAUACCCACUCCUUGGUCACGGAGCCAUUCGAGAACGUCCCAACCCUUGGAAAAUCCCUUUCCUCCCAGAUGUUAAUUCAACUUGCCGAUAAGAUGGAGAUCGCCUGCUGCAAGAUGUGGACAGUACGUCGGAUCAGCAGCACCUACGUAUGUUGUUCCGGCUGAUGUCGAAACAGCAUUUGCUUCAUGUACCACCAGAGGUUCGAGGUGAAUGUAUGUGUAGAUCAAACGUUUUGCCCACAAGACUCGUCCUGUCUCGCGUACUUUAAUCUGCCGUUCCAUUUCACCUCCACUCUGUGACGCACCUGUUAGCCGUACCAUAGCAUAAUUGUGUCUGCAGGAAAGCUUGUACGUGUACUCUUUUUCUGACAAUGAGCCAUAUUUAUUGCGCAGUGAUCUCUUUGUGAGACGACACGAGUACACUAUUCUUUGAAGUCUUAACGUAGCUUGUUAUUUAUAAAGUUCCUUGCCGUUUUGGAAACUCUUAGUUUUAAUGCGAACUUUAGUCUCCAAGAAUCAGCUGUGAAAUUUGAAAACAGGUAUGUGCAAACAUAUAAACAUUUUGCUGAAAUUUGUUUCGAGAGGGAUUAUGAGGGCAAUGGAACCCCCCCCCCCCCUAAAUUCACAAACUGGAUCCGCAUCUACCUUCGUUAUUCUGUGUAAAACAAACCAGACAAAUGACCUCAUGUAGAUAUCAAAAUGUGCAAAAUCGUUUCUCAUAGCAAUCAACUUAUUCUCAUUUGACUAUCAUUAAAAGCUGGAUUUUUCAACUGCAGACUGCAAAUGUCAGUGGGCUUGUGUAAUGAGUAGUAUAAUACCGCGAAAAAAUAAGACAACCUGUGUACAGUUAUUGGCGUAAGCUUUGUACAGACAUGUUUCAAACUCUUGGUACAUGUUGUUUAUCGCAGAGUGCCAAUCUCUUGAACUUCCGGUAGUCCGAAUAUAAGAAAAGAAACAUAUCCAUUUCAAUCUCUUUAACAUUUCGCGUGAUGUCCACGAUGAACCGAUCAAGAAUAUUUCUGUUUCCAGUUUAGUCAAGAUGAACUGGCAUACAAUGCUUGUGCUUUGACACACCUAUCUCAUUAAUGAGAUAUAAAUAGAAAAGCAGAACCUUUCAGGUAGUACAAUAAUAGAUAUUUUAUUUUCAAAUUUAUGAAUCCCAAGUCUAUCCCAUAAGUAAUAUUACUACAGAGAUGCACAGUCUCAGGUAAGAAUGUGGGACGUCAUGUUUUAAAUCCUUGUUAAGCUAUAAUUUAAUAAUCGCAAGUGUCAAAAGCCGUUUAAUUUAAACAUAAGUUUAUUUUGUAACUGAGUACUGUACUCUGUCCCUAUCUUGAAAUGUUGAUUAAAUCAAAAAUUAAAUGGAAUAACGACGGAGAGACAGAGUAUAAACAGCAAACAAUGGAAAAGACUCGCAUCAAGUGUGUACACAAACCUGCGACGAAUAUUUUUAAUCGUGUUAUUUUUUCAUAAUGCAGGACGAAGUUAAUCUCAAUUUCCUUAUGUUUGAUGUGCCACUUGCUACCGGACUAAUAAACAGAAUUCUGUAUACUUAAAAAAUAAAAGAGUUUCGCGUUAUUAUCUUAAUUAAAAUCGGUUAUUGGCCGUCUGUUUUUUCAAAAAAAGCAGUUACUCUCACAUAUCCGAACUGCAUCUCUUGAAACCUUGACAAGCGCUCUUAGCGCUAUUAUGCUUAUUAAUUAACACGUUCCUAAAGAAUUCCGUCAUUUCCAUGGUAUCAGUGAUAAACCAUUUUCCGUUGUAUUUCUUCUGAAAGUACAGGUAUCUAAUAGUUUGGUGACCAAAAAAACGAAUGAAAGAAGAAGAAUGAGCAAUCUGAAUAUCGCUUCAAUACCUACGUUUAUGGUUGAAUGAAUUAUCCUCAGGAAUAAUGUAUUCUUCAAAGACAUGAUUUAUAUGAAAAGCAUUAAGGAAAUCAAUAACAGCAAGCAAAUGUAAUUCACUCUGGAACUUUUUGUUACGCAACAGUAAAUGUGCUGAAAGGUUACGUAGGUAAUGUUGGAUUUCCGUGGUACAAUAUUAUUUCACAUUCAUUAGUUGAGUCGAUACGUACGUAUGGACAUAGUUUUCUCUAUUGUGUUAAAUAUAUGUUGACCAGCGUGUGCAGUACAUCUACUCUAAAUACAACGAACAAAUAAAAUUUGUUGGCAGACUUAAACUAACCUCAUUUCCACAUUAUAAAGGGACUGCUCACAAUAAAGAUAGUAAUGAUGGUUUAGACAGUUCUAUGAAUUUGUCAUUUCAAUUACUGUCUAAUAGUAAACAGAACUUGGUUCUGUCGAAACUGAACAUGUAGGUGAGGGUGUUACUGGACUGUCCAUAAUCGGCACGACAAUCAGUUCAUUUGCAGUGUGCAGCAUGAACUGAAGAUGGUUUCUUUUAACACGGGAUUCAGUACUGGUUUCCUAUGAUAUUGUUAAACAUGUUUGUUUCUGUUUAGUGGAUACGUGACAAUUGGUCUCGCUUGUGGAAUAUGUGUCGACUGCUUUUAGUAUUUAAACGGAAACUUAUUACACCUGAGUGGACAUUUGUAUAAAACGAACUGUAUUUACCAGUAACAGAACUUCUUUAACCUCCCCCAUGGAUUUCUGCAGUUGUGUAAAACUGCUACAACAGUGAGUGAAAUGGUGAAAAUUAAACAUGACAAACCACGUCUCAUACUGAAUUCUACAAUAUCUACGAUGUGAAAUGGCUGUUAUGUAAAGAGAGUAACUUGUAUGAAUUAAUGUAUAGUUAUAGUUUAAUACAGAGUUUUAGAUAUACUGAUCAGUACUGCAGAAAGAAUUGAUGAUAUUUGUAUGAACAGUAAUCCUUUAUGUAAAACGUAUAUUCUAUUUGAAAAUAAAAAUACGAAGC